AUGUGGAUAUAUGCACAUUUGAGCUAUUCAGUGGAGCAUUCACUGGGACAUGGGCGUUCAGUCGAUACAUCUGAGCAAGCUAAGCUCCUCAGUGCUCUCACUCGAAGUACUACCACACUCAAUAUUUCAACCAUGAAGUCUUCCGGAUUCUUCUCCUACGCUUUCUUCGCUUUCUUCGCUUUCCUCGCCGUGGCACAUGCCAUGCCUGAGCCCAUCCAGGCCCGCGACCUUAUUCCUGCUGAGAACGGUCUUAGUGGCUUGGUCGCUCGUGAUGGCAAGGGCCAUGACCGGUGCUCGAAAGGUUCUGGCUGGAACAAAUGCGGCAAGGGAGACUCCUGCUGCAAGAAGGACCAAAUGUGCUGCGGCGACAAUAAGUGCUGCAACAAGGGGUACAAGUGCCAGAAGAUGGGCAAGGACGAUGAUGGUCACCACAAGCGCGACGGUAAAGAUGGCCACCGCGGAGACCGUGGUAAAGAUGGCCACCGAGGAGAUCGUGGUAAAGAUGGCCACCGCGGAGAUCGUGGUAAAGAUGGCCACCGCGGAGAUUAUGGUAAAGGUGGCCAUCGCGGAGAUCAUGGUAACAAGAAGGGCAAGGACGAUGAUGAUAACCACAAGCGCGACGGUAAAGAUGGCCACCGGGGAGAUCGUGGUAAAGAUGGCCACCGAGGAGAUCGUGGUAAAGAUGGCCACCGAGGAGAUUAUGGUAAAGGUGGCCAUCGCGGAGAUCAUGGUAACAAGAAGGGCAAGGACGGUGAUGAUCACCACAAGCGCGACGGUAAAGAUGGCCGCCACGGAGAUCACGGUAACGAAUGGAUGUGCAAGAAGGACCAUGGCUACCACGGGUGA